AUGGGAGCGGAGCAGUCGUCCAGCCGUGGCGCCGGAGCACCGUCGGCCUCGGUGACGCAAAAGACCUGUUAUUACGAACUGCUAAGCGUCGAGCGGACAGCCACUGACGACGAAAUCAAGAAAGCAUACCGGCGCAAGGCCCUCGAGCUACACCCCGACCGGAACAUCGACGACACCGCCAACGCAACUCGCAGGUUCGCCGAAGUCCAGACCGCCUAUGAGGUCCUUUCUGAUCCCCAGGAACGCGCCUGGUACGACUCACAUCGCGAUGCCAUCCUACGGGGCGAUAGUGGGACGGACGAUGCGGACGAUGCUGCGGACGCCGGCCCGCGCUUCUACAACAACGUGCGCCUGACCCCGACCGAAGACUUGUACACGCUUAUGGGGCGCUUCAACUCGAGCGUCCCUUUCAACGACUCGCCGUCGGGCUUCUUUGGCAUUCUCGAGGCGACCUUUGCACAGUUGGGCCUUGAGGAAGAGGCUGCCUUUAGCUGGGACGGCAACGGCGCCGGCCAGCCGCCACAGUAUGCCCCUUUUGGCUCAGCCAACGACGACUACGACGCCGUCGGCAAGCCCUUUUACCGUGACUGGUCCAACUUUGCUACGGUCAAGUCGUUUAGCUGGAAAGACAAGUACCGGCUCUCUGAUGCGCCCGAUCGUACCAUCCGCCGCCUCAUGGAGAAGGAGAACAAGAAGGCCCGCGACAUUGCUGCCCGCGAGUUCAACGACGCUGUACGCUCGCUCGUUGCCUUUGUGCGCAAGCGCGAUCCCCGCUACGUGGCCAACACACAAUCCGAGGCCGAGCGCCAAAAGAUCUUGCGUGACUCGGCGAACGCACAGGCGGCCCGCCAGCGUGCUGCCAACCUCGAGCGCCGCGCUGCCGCCGCCGCCAACCAGGACGAUGCGAAACCGCUUUGGGCGCGGGGACUAGGAGACGACGGCGAGCCGCUGGUAGACGAUGCAGCUAACGGGACUAAUGGCCUGAGCGGCGAGUUCUCGAGCGACGCCGAGUCCGACGAGGUGCAGCACGAGAUCGAAUGCGUAGUGUGCGACAAGACGUUCAAGAGCGAGAAGCAGUUUGAGGCACACGAGAAGAGCAAGAAGCAUGCCAAGGCUGUGCACCAGCUUCGCCGGCAAAUGAAAAAGGACAAUCGUGACUUGAAUCUUGUCGUGGAGGAGACACCGAAGCCUGAGCAAGCACCUGUGGAGGACGAGCCGGCCACCGAUGACGACGAGGACACCAGCGAUGCUGAUGUGAGAGAAAAGGCCCAGCCGGAGCCGACCUCGAUGGCGACGAGCGCCGACGUUUCCGUGGAUGAAGAAGAAGAAGACGAGUCGUCUGAAGAGAACGACGAAUAUGCGCCUAGAGAGGUUGUCGAAAAACGAUUCCAGGGCAAGGCUGCCGGCGGCCAUGUCGGUGAUGAAAGUGACGACGACGUUGCGGCCAAGGUGGAUGGCCUCGGCAUCAAGGACAAACUGGCCGAGGCGCCAGCUCCAGCAAAGCCCAAGAUCGGCAAGGCCAAAGCGAAGCGGGAGAAGAAGGCCGCCCGUUGGGCAGCUCAACAAGAAGAGGGAGCUAUCUGCGACGAGACGUUCGAUUCCAACACGAAGCUUCACAAACAUCUGCGGACUGAGCAUCCAGCACCAGAACCGAAGGGGAAAGGCAGUAAGGGUAAAAAGAAGAGGUGA